UACCAGUUGUACCUGACCAACCCACCCCCUCCAUAGCUGAUGGUGAGCCUAUCCUGCAGAGUGGAGACCCAGACCUUUUCUCUCAAGCUGCUGUAACCCUAACUCCAGCUGUCAGUUUUAUAAACGGUAAACAGGAGAUCACAUUGGGGACACAGAGCCCAAGAGAAAUAGAGGCGAAAGGUACCCAAAUCAUGACAAAUGUGACAAAUCUGGGAGCAAGCGAUGAAAUAACCACAGUGUUUGAUUAUAAUUGGACCGAUCUCCCUGUUGAUAGCUCCACUAAUUCUAUGGAGGAAAGUACAGAUGGACAGAUGUCUACAGAGAUCUCAGAUGUGGAUGAAUACGACCCUGAUAUAAUCUCAGUAGUUGAAUCAACACCUCCUCACAUACUCCUAACAGAGGAAGACCUAACCAAAACGGACCCCACACAGAAAGACUCAAACUUAUUUCCAGCCACAACAGUGGAGGGCACAGCUCCAUCAAAAACUACACAGGAACCUGAAACUGGUCCAGCCGCCACAAAUGCCACAGAGGGGAUGAGUGAUGUCACAGCUACCUUUGCCAUCUUUGUUCCUACAGUAACACCCUCUGAGCCACAGAUCGCCAACGCAACAGAGGAAACCCAAACAACAAAGGCUGAUAAAGAAACCACCACUGUCAUCACUACAUCUGUUCAAGCAGAGGUAGAUGAGUCGGGGAGGACUCCCGCUUAUGUGAAGAGUGACUCCGGAGUGACUCAGACAGAGAAGGCUGAUGACCUUUUCCCUGUUACUUAUUCAACUGAACUUCGCACAGUCACAUAUAAAGCUGAAAUCACAGAAGAAACAAAGAGCACAUCUGCCACUCCAGCUGCAGAAGACAGCACUCAGUCUACGCUACAGGCUGUGUCCACUCCCUUCUCAGAUGAUGCUGAUGGAAAAACACCAACAUCAACAAGUAGUGACUCAGUGAGCUCCACUCAAGAUGUAGAGGGAGAGAAAGAAACCCAAACCCCAAAAGCAUUCGCCUUCAACGCAACAGCUCCUUUAGUAUCUAGUAGUUCAACCCUUCCUGAAAAGACAGCCAAGACUGAGAUAACAGCAGCCAUAGAUGUAAGCAGCACUAAAUCAUCAUCACAAGUUAACAUGUUUACAGCCAGCCCCCCAUUACAGUCAUCUGCAGGGACUGCAACAUCAUCUUUAAGCCCUACAAAUACAACAGGUCAAGCAGCAAGAGAGAGUGAAAUAACAUUACAAACAGUACAAACGGCAGGCACAGAUAAAAUAUCUAUUCCUGCCAUUGGUGAGUCUGUAAAAACUUCAGCAACCACAACUGAACAUGAGGCGGAGAAAAAGGACAAAACAGAUCUUCCCUCUCAUGAAUCCGUGACAACCACUAUGUCGCCAUUAUACAGUGCUAUUGAACUUGUCAAAACAACUGUCGCUUCAUUCACAGAAUUUUUCAGUCAGUACUCGACACAAGGUGCAACAGCUGUGACUGAUUUACCUGACCAAAGUGUCACAGAAAACACUGCACCUAUGGUCACCCCUAUUCCACACAUCAUACCACAUGAGCCUGGUUCAACCACACUUUCACGAAAGGAAAUUUCAGGUGUAACUGAGGACAGAGCUCAAACACAACCUUCAACAGUGAUCACAGUAAGCACUGCUGGAGAGAGUGCAGAUGGCCAAACCUCUAGUACAAUAUUGACAGGAGCUACUGCAGCAGCUACUAUGCUUAACACAGAGAGAGCAGCUACAGGGGCAACACAAAAUGAAACAGCUCAUGCUUCAACCAAACUUGGAACAAUAGCUCCUUUACUCACAACAACUGAAGGGAUAUCACCUGCAUCUGAAGUUAGCUCCAUUUUCACACCUACAAAUGAAAUAACCUUUGAGGGUCAGACAAUAUCACCUGAAGCAUCAAAGGAGAGCAUUACAGAAAAAAGGGCAGAGCCAUCUAACUCAAAAGAAACAAGUUUUACAGUUUCUUCUUAUAUCAAUGUGACUCCAACUCACUCCUCGACAAUAAAUACAGGCACUUAUGUGACCAAAAAAUACAGUGAAAAAGCAUCAAUUUCUUCAUCAACUACUGUAACGACAACUUCAUCUCUCAGUACUGACAAACCUUCAUCAUUGUCCCCUGAAACUAAAGAGACUACAAGUCAGAAAGAGAAGGAUUCUGUGACAUCUGAAAAAAUUUCGGCUUCCCCUACAACUGAUGAAGAAAGCUCAGUUGAACAGACAAAUGAUUUGUCAAGCAAAAACACUGCAGCUCCUACAGCUUCCUCGCUCUUCAGCACAGAGAAACCAACAGCAUUGCCAAGUGAGGAACAAGACAGUGUUGUCAUAGAUCACACAGAAAAGCCCUCAUAUCAGACAGAGGGUAUUUCUCUCAGCACUGCAGUACAUGAAGAGGGCUCAGGUGUCCAAACUCCAGACAUGUUCUCAUCAACGUCUUUUGUCACUGACACAUCUUCAUCUGUGUUCAGCACUGUGGCCUCAACCGCACUAUCACCUGGAACCAAAGCAAGUCUUGGAACAGACAAGACAAAAAUGCCAUCACUUACUGUAGAACCAUCACUUUCCUCUGUCUCUGAUGAGUCAUUAUCCAGCUCAAUAACAGUAUUUCCAAGUUUGUCUUCUUUUAUAUCAUCUACUGUUCCAGACAUUGAGGAUGGAUAUAUUAGCAGUGAGAUCACAACAGUGGAGUCCGUUCCUGCCAUCAGUCAAUCAACCAUGAAAUCUGAAACAGCAUCAAUCUUCAUUACAACAGAUACACAGAGUUCUGGAGACAAUACUAAUGAAUUCAUUGAAGAGUCAUUCUUUACUGCAACUACCUCUCCUUCAAUUAUGAGUACAGAGUCGCCAUCAGUCCCUGCAUCACAAGAAUUGGAAUCAGACAGUAUGCCAUCAGUUACUGUUACUGCAGCUUCAUCACUCUACAGUAAGGAUAAACCUGCAUCAUUGUCACCUGAAACACAAGAGACAGUCACUACAAGUCAGACAGAGAAGGAUUAUGUGACAUCUGAGACAAGUUCGUCUUCCCCUACAGCUGACGAAGAAAGAUCAGUUGAACAGACAACUGAUAUGUCCAGCAAAGCCACUGCAGCUCCUACAGCUUCCUCACUCUUCAGCACAGAGAAGCCAACAGCAUUGCCAAGUGAGGAACAAGACAGUGUUGUCACGGAUCAGACAGAAAAGCCCUCAUAUGAGGCAGAGGGUAUUUAUAUCAACACUGCACUAUAUGAAGAGGGCUCAGCUGACGAAGAAAGAUCAGUUGAACAGACAACUGAUAUGUCCAGCAAAGCCACUGCAAUUCCUACAGCUUCCUCGCUCUUCAGCACAGAGAAGCCAACAGCAUUGCCAACUGACGAAGAAAGAUCAGUUGAACAGACAACUGAUAUGUCCAGCAAAGCCACUGCAGCUCCUACAGCUUCCUCGCUCUUCAGCACAGAGAAGCCAACAGCAUUGCCAAGUGAGGAACAAGACAGUGUUGUCACGGAUCAGACAGAAAAGCCCUCAUAUGAGGCAGAGGCUGACGAAGAAAGAUCAGUUGAACAGACAACUGAUAUGUCCAGCAAAGCCACUGCAAUUCCUACAGCUUCCUCGCUCUUCAGCACAGAGAAGCCAACAGCAUUGCCAACUGACGAAGAAAGAUCAGUUGAACAGACAACUGAUAUGUCCAGCAAAGCCACUGCAAUUCCUACAGCUUCCUCGCUCUUCAGCACAGAGAAGCCAACAGCAUUGCCAACUGACGAAGAAAGAUCAGUUGAACAGACAACUGAUAUGUCCAGCAAAGCCACUGCAGCUCCUACAGCUUCCUCACUCUUCAGCACAGAGAAGCCAACAGCAUUGCCAACUGACGAAGAAAGAUCAGUUGAACAGACAACUGAUAUAUCCAGCAAAGCCACUGCAAUUCCUACAGCUUCCUCGCUCUUCAGCACAGAGAAGCCAACAGCAUUGCCAACUUACGAAGAAAGAUCAGUUGAACAGACAACUGAUAUGUCCAGCAAAGCCACUGCAGCUCCUACAGCUUCCUCACUCUUCAGCACAGAGAAGCCAACAGCAUUGCCAAGUGAGGAACAAGACAGUGUUGUCACGGAUCAGACAGAAAAGCCCUCAUAUGAGGCAGAGGGUAUUUAUAUCAACACUGCAGUAUAUGAAGAGGGCUCAGGUGUCCAAACUCCAGACAUGUUCUCUUCAACCUCUUCUGUCACUGAGACAUCUUCAUCUGUGUUCAGCACUGUGGCCCCAACAGCACUAUCACCUGGAACCAAAGAAAGUCUUGGAACAGACAAGACAAAAAUGGCAUCAGUUACUGCAGAACCUCAUUGA